UGUGCGUAAUGUUUGGAUAAUAAUCAUACUCACUCUAAACAUUCGCCAAUUGCCUGAAACGGCGCGAGGUGUCGGGGGACUGAAGUGGGGUCCCAGCGGCGUCAUGCAGAGACGAUCAUUGUCUCUCUCACACUUUCUAACUAGCUAUUUCACAACAGCGAGGCGAGGAAACGAGCCAGGCCAGAGAUAUCAGCAGUCCAUGUGGCGCAGCAGCGGUGUCCCGAGGGCUCUUCCUCUCAACAUCAACAAGAACCAAAUAAACUGAGUGCAGGAAUACAAGCGCAAAGAUGAGAACAACUGUUGGAGUUAAAUUCUAUUAAUAUUUUAUGAGACAUGUUCGUUAUAUCGGGUGACUGUUUAGUCAAAGUAAUGAGGCAGACGAAUUGCCUCCAAAUGUAGGAGAAUCAGUUAAUUGACCAGGUUCUCUCUCAACUACCAGCGAAUUAUUGUGUGAAAAAAAAUACUUUAAUCACACUCGUUAUCUGUUACACCAUCGAAGGAAACCAUGCAUGGAAGGCGGCAUUUCCCACCAAGUUAAACAGUGUUAUACGCACUACAUUUGGAUUAGCGUGCUGUACAACACAUAGCUACCGGUAUUUCGGGUGGAAUUUCGGAGUGGCUUCAUUUGCGCUUUCCUCGCGUUCCGCAGCUAAACUUGGAGAGCUCCAUGCAGUCGCGAAGGGAGAGAGAAGUGCGACCCCGUGCUGGAUGGAUGGUUAUGGGGAAAGGAGCAGGAGGACCUUCGGCGCUUGAAGUCGGCAAGAUCCUUGUUGUGUUUCUUUGCCUGUUUCCUUCUGUGAGUCUGCAGUGUAAGAUCCUCAAGUGUAACUCAGAGUUUUGGGCCUCCACCUCAAGCUCCGGCCCGGAGGAGGAGUUCUGUACUGCGCUGCGGGCGUACAACAACUGUGUACGCCGCACCGCACGCACCUGCAGGGGCGACUUAGCCUACCACUCAGCCCAACAUGGCAUAGAGGAUCUCAUGAGCCAGAACAACUGCUCCAAGGAGGGGCCUACAACUCAGCCUCGAGCCCGGACCCCCCCUCCACCACCACAGCUACAGCCUGACAGCCAGGAGCGCUCCGAUGGGCCAGAGCAGUGUCAUUACGAACGCAGCCUUCAUCGCCAAUCCUCGCCACCCAACUACACCCACUGUGGCUUCUUUGGAGACCCGCACCUCCGUACUUUCAGCGAUGACUUCCAGACCUGCAAGGUUGAGGGAGCCUGGCCCCUUGUCCAUAACAAAUACCUGUCUGUUCAGGUGACCAACACACCUGUCGUGCCUGGCUCCUCUGCUACGGCCACCAGCAAGUUGACAAUCAUCUUCAAGAACUUCCAGGAGUGUGUGGACCAGAAGAUGUAUCAUGCAGAGACAGAUGAGCUGCCUGCAGCGUUCGCCGAUGGCUCCAAGAACGGUGGAGACCGUCACGGGGCCAACACGCUACGCAUCGUGGAGAAGGUGCCUGGGCAGCAGGUGGAGAUCCACGCUCGCUACAUCGGUACAACCAUUGUGGUCCGGCAGGUGGGGCGAUACCUGACCUUUGCUGUGCGGAUGCCAGAGGAAGUAGUGAACUCUGUAGAAGACCGAGACAACCAGGACCUGUACCUCUGCCUGCACGGCUGCCCCGCCAACCAACGCAUCGACUUCAGGACAUUCAGGGCCCGUGCAGUGGAGGGCCACGGCCUGAGCAGGACUGGCAGCCCUCCCCAUGGGUUUACCUACAAGGCUGCCAUGGCUAAGUGUAAAGAGCGCCUCCCAGUGGAGGACCUGUACUUCCAGUCCUGUGUGUUCGACCUGCUUUCCUCUGGGGACGUCAACUUCACCAUGGCUGCCUACUAUGCCUUUGAGGAUGUGAAAAUGCUCCACUCCAACAAGGACAAAUACCACAUUUAUGAAAAGGAUGCAUUUGGGAGUAAUGCGGCGCCAAGGGGAUCAGAUGUGUUCUCGCUAGUCCUCCUCAACUUUCUGGCUGUGUUGUUCAUCUAUAGUCCCCUGCCAACAUCAUCCUCAUUAUGCUAGCUGUCAGUGGGUAUGAAACAGUGCUCUCACCGUGUCAUACUUCACCACCACUGCUCUGUCCUCAGUGGCUGGUGGCCAGUGGAGUCCGCAAGCCCUUCCAUCCCUCUGAGGGGACAGAGCAGCCCAUGUGCAAUCAAACUCAUCCCAGCCAUGGUUUCAUCAUUGUUUUGUUGUUGUCAUCAUGUGUUGACUUCCAUCUGGUGGUGAGGUGAGCUCUAUGUGCUCCCACCUAUCAUUACAUUCAUUCUGCUGGUUUAAGGACUGGUCCUUUGAUGAAGGAGAGCGGUGGUGAGUGAGGAGAGCCCAGGAGCCCCAGUACUUUGGAUAUCAAGCUGGGAUUAAAUCCCACAUUCCCACUGGGACUGCAUGUGCCUAUGGGAAGCGAGAUGAGAUUAUCUCUUGCAGAAAGAACCUCACUGGUUCCAAGCCAGUGGAGCUCCCUGUGGCUCAUGGGUAUGGGCUAGACAACAUGACAGGGGCUUUUGUUAACCUCUGGCCAGAAGUAGCUCCCUGUUUGAUCUUCCAGCUUUGGAAAAGCUGUAGCUUUUUGGAGGAAGCUCUCAGCCAAAAGGAUGUCAGAGCAGCGAGUCUAGUUGUCUGCUGUGGAGAUUAAUAGGUCAUAACGCCAGGUCUUUUGUAACAUUGUGUGUUUGUUUGUCUGUGUGUGUGUGCGCGCACCUCUGUGGUUAAUUGUGUACUCCAGAAACGGUUGUGUGUGAGAGUGAGUGUUACUCAAAAGUGCAAGAAAUCUUUCCUUGGGAGAAAUAUUUCUUAAUGUUGUUAUAUUGCACCCCAGGUUCCAAUAUAGAACCGUCAUGGUGGUCUAGAGUCAGUUGAAACUGCCUCUGCCUGCCAAGUGGUUACUUCUAAGUGAACUGGCAGACAGUAAAAAAAUAUUUUCCCAACUUUUUACCUGUCAAUCAGUGUCAAAUAGACUUAGUUCAAAUAUUGCCGUUUUAAAGUGUUAAGUAUGAUAAAUGUAUUUUUUUUGUAUCAGGUCUAAUUAGGAAUGGAGAUGUUCAUAAGGAAAAUGCCCUGAACAAAAUCUACCAACGGCACACAAUGCAGAAACGCAGAUCACGUUUACACAGUAUCUCUCUUCAUUCAACCAACCAACUUUCAUGUACAAUGUAUCAUGGCCAAGAAAUUGUUUUCUACAGAUCAUUUGUUUCUUGUCUAGGCAGUCAACAGUUCCCUGCAGAUGUAGGUAUAUUGGCAAUGUGAUGGGUUUGAGAAAGGUAUAGUCACACUAGGUUAAAAUAAAAUGUUUUCCCACCCGUGGUGUGCUUCCACCAAAUGGACUUGUUGCGGAUACAAAUCAGUGUGAUGAAGUAGUGCACACAAAAUGUACUUUAAGUUCAAUUUGUUUCCAUUGUAUUUUCAAUUCUACCGAUAGUUUUGUCACAUUGUAGAAAAUGUACCUACUCUGGUCUUGACACAUGCGCUCUAGCCAACAGCUGGCAGAUACAGUGUGGGUAGGCUUGUCUACAUUGACAUUAUUAUGGAUAAGAGCAAGAAUAUUUGUCAAAUGGCAGUCAAGCAUCAAACAUCAUGUCACCAGAUCCUCAACAUUUAUUGGAAAGGAGCAUCAAGCUCAUCACCGUGCACUUUCAUCACCCUGUGAAGUUCAUUUAUUUCAUCUGUCAUCUAAUAAGCGGCAUUGUUUCCCUAGUCGGAGGACACACCAUAUCACGUGACUCCAAGUUCUUCGAUAUGAUGGUUAUUCUAUUAAUAUUUGCACAUAAAGGGGUUUCCACUGCCAUUUCUCGCAUAAUUAAUUUUACCAACACAAAAAGAUCCCACCAUGUUGAAUGAACAAAUUAUUUAUCGGCAUUUAUAAAGUUGUACCAAAACUU